AUGCCAGCUGUUUUCUCGAAGUUUGCUGGACUGGCCGUCUUUGUGUGGGCAUUGGCUUUGCCCGUCGCCCAGGCGGACCAGCAAAUCAGUAUUACGACUACUACCUACUCUAGUACGUGGGAGGGCUGGGGCACAUCUCUUGCCUGGUGGGCGAAGGCGUACGGAGAUAGAGAUGACUUGGCCGAUAUUGUCUUCACUCUAGACUCGACUUAUUGGGAGCCCGGUGGUGCAACCUUACCGGGGCUAGGAAUGAACAUCGUCCGAUAUAAUGCUGGGGCUUCUUCGUGGAACACAAUCAAUGGAUCUGUUACCAUGUCAGCAUCAGCGAAUAUACCAGCCACGAAGCAGAUUGAGGGAUACUGGCUCGAUGGACUGAGCACCGACCCCAGCUCUUCCAGUUGGAACUGGACGGUCGAUGCCAAACAGAGAGCUAUGAUGUUAAAGGCACAAGACAGAGGUGCCAACAUCUUCGAGCUUUUCUCUAACGCGCCAAUGUGGUGGCAGCUCAACAACCACAACCCCAGUGGUGCCGACAAUGGUGGCAGUAAUUUGCCUUCCUCGCAGUAUAAAAACCAUGCUAUUUACCUCGCUACAAUUGCGAAGUACGCUCAGGACAACUGGGGUAUUACUUUUGACUCUAUCGAGCCCUUCAAUGAGCCUUCGUCUACCUGGUGGAAAUCUACAGGAACACAAGAGGGAUGCUAUAUUGACGCCAACGCCCAGAAAGCGAUCAUUCCUAUUCUUCACGAUCAAAUAAAGUCGCGUGGUCUCGAUAAGACAACGAUUGCUGCCUCCGAUGAGAAUGCAUUCCAGGAAGCCGUGAACUCGUGGAAUACCAUUGGCAAAACCAUACAACAGGCAAAUGUCGGGCGGAUGAAUACGCAUGGAUACUCGGGCUCGAGUGGACCACGCGAUCAGCUUCAACAGCUCGCCCGAGACAUCGGCCAGAAAGUAUGGGAUAGUGAAUACGGCGACAAUGAUGGCACCGGAGGCACCAUGGUUAAAAACAUCAUGCUAGAUCUAAGGCUGUUGAAACCUGAUGCUUGGGUACAAUGGCAAGUUCUUGAUGGAUCUGACUGGGGUCUUAUCGCUGCCGACAUUUCUGCCAGGACCCUUCAAAAUGCGACGACAAAAUACUAUAACCUUGCCCAAUUUACUCGCCAUAUUCGGCCUGGCAUGAAGUUGCUUGAAACAAACUCAACUAAUGCUGUCUCAGCAAUUGAUGAAAACAGCCAUACCUUGGUCAUCGUCGCUGCCAACUGGGAUGACAACACGACUUUCAGCUUCGACCUCUCUAGUUUCUCCCAAGUCCCUGUCGAUGGAACCGAAAUUCGCAGCUGGGUGACAGACGGUACUGGUGACAGGCUUUAUGCUUCUGUUAACGGUAUUACUAUCAAUGGAAAGAGCGUGUCGACAUCGCUUGAGAAUGGUGCAGUUCAGACGUUUGAGAUUGAUGGGGUGUACUUGUAA